AUGAAGUUUUCUACAAUUGCAUCGCUAGCUGCUGUUGGUGUGUCGUAUGCGUCCGCCGUUGGUGACCUUGGGUUUAACCUAGGUGUCAAGAACAACGACGGCACAUGCAAGAGCACCGAGGACUACGCCAAAGACCUAGAUAUUUUGAAGGGCUACACGAGUACUGUCAAGGUCUACGCUGCUUCUGACUGUAACACCCUACAGAACUUGGGACCUGCUGCCGAGUCCGCUGGAUUCAGUGUCUUCGUGGGCGUGUGGCCUAACGACGACGCUCACUUCUCCGCGGAGAAGCAGGCCUUGCAGUCUUACUUGCCUAACAUCAAGACCUCCACCGUCAAGGGUAUCCUUGUUGGUUCUGAGGCCCUUUACCGUGAAGACCUGACCGCGUCGGAGCUUGCCAGCAAGAUUAGCGAGGUCAAGUCGCUGGUCGCCGACAUCAAGGACUCCGAUGGUAACUCGUACUCUGGCACUCUCGUCGGUACAGUCGACUCCUGGAACGUGCUGGUCGACGGUGGCAACGCCGACGUCAUCAAGGCCUCUGACAUGGUCAUGGCCAACGCGUUCUCGUACUGGCAGGGCCAGACCAUGGACAACGCUUCCUACUCUUUCUUCGACGAUAUCAUGCAAGCUAUGCAAACCAUCCAGACUGUCAAGGGUACUGACAUUCCAUUCUGGGUUGGUGAGACCGGCUGGCCAACUGACGGUACCAACUUCGAAUCCUCUUACCCUGGCACCGAUAACGCCGCUCAAUUCUGGCAAGAGGGUAUUUGUGCCAUCAGAGCCUGGGGCGUCAACGUUCUGGUCUUCGAGGCUUUCGACGAAGACUGGAAGCCAAACACCUCUGGUACUUCUGACGUUGAGAAGCACUGGGGUGUGUGGACUUCCGGCGAUGAGCUGAAGUACUCGUUGGACUGUAAGUUUUGA